GGAUGAUGUCACGCACAGCAGCCAAUCAAAUGGUGCAGCGCUCUAUAAAUUAUACGUCCAUGCCCCGUUGAAGACAACAGCAACAUUUAGGACACCUUGAAGAAACUGUUUUGGUGCUGUUGGAAACACAUCUGUGGGAUUAGAUCGUUCUCUCAAUAAAAGGUUGAACAGAAGAGUUGUCAUCAUGGCAUUAAUGAUCCUACCAUUCAUUGGAGCACUCUCGAUCUCUGAGGGUUUGAUAGCCUUGGCAACGGUGUGUCUGGUCUACCUGACCCUGAAGCAUUUCCGAAAAGAGAUCCCAGAGGGGCUUCAACAACUCCCCGGCCCAAGUUCACUUCCUGUCAUCGGGAACCUGCUAGACCUGGGCAGCAAGCCUUAUCUAAGUCUUACUGAAAUGAGCAAACGCUAUGGAGAUGUGUUCCAGAUUCAGAUCGGCAUGCGUCCAGUUGUUGUUCUGAGUGGUUAUGAAACAGUUAAACAGGCUCUCACCAAACAGGGAGACGACUUCGCCGGCAGACCAGACCUAUACAGCUUCCGCUUCAUCAAUGAUGGCAAAAGUCUGGCCUUCAGCACUGACAAAGCCGGCGUUUGGCGGGCUCGCAGAAAGCUUGCCUACAGUGCACUGCGCUCUUUUUCCUCCCUGGAGGGAAAGCUCCCAGAGUACUCCUGUGUUCUGGAGGAACACAUCUGCAAAGAGACCGACUAUCUGAUCAAGGAACUCCAAAAGGUCAUGGAAACUGAAGGCAAAUUUGACCCUUUCCGGUACAUAGUUGUUUCUGUUGCCAACGUGAUCUGUGGCAUGUGCUUCGGCCGCCGCUAUGACCACCAUAACCAGGAACUGCUGAGUCUGGUAAACCUGGCCGAAGAUUUUGUGUCGGUGACAGGCAGUGGCAACCCAGCUGACUUCAUCCCUGCUCUGCAGUACCUGCCCAGCAAAUCAAUGAAGAAGUUUUUCAGCCUCAACGACCGCUUCAACAACUUUGUUCAAAAGAUCGUCACUGAGCACUAUGCCACCUUUGACAAGGACAACAUCCGUGACAUCACCGACUCCUUAAUAGAUCACUGCGAGGAUCGGAAGCUUGAUGAGAACUCCAACAUCCAAAUGUCAGAUGAGAAAGUUGUUGGCAUCGUCAAUGACCUCUUUGGAGCUGGUUUUGACACCAUCUCUACUGCUCUGUCAUGGGCUGUGAUGUACCUUGUGGCGUAUCCAGAGGUUGAGGAGAAGCUUUUUGAAGAAAUAAAGGAGAAAAUCGGUCUGGAUCGUACACCUACUCUCUCUGAUAAAAACAACUUGCCUCUCCUGGAGUCUUUCAUCCUGGAGCUGUUCCGUCAUUCUUCAUACCUGCCUUUCACAAUCCCACACUGCUCUACAAAAGAUACAUCUCUGCACGGCUACUUCAUCCCCAAAGAUACUUGUGUCUUUAUAAACCAGUGGCAGAUUAACCACGACCCAGAGCUGUGGAAAGACCCGUCUUCGUUCAUCCCGGAACGCUUCCUCAACGCUGACGGCACAGAGGUCAACAAGCUAGAUGGAGAGAAAGUGUUGAUUUUUGGCUUAGGAAGGAGGCGAUGCAUCGGCGAAGUUAUCGCGCGAAAUGAAGUCUUCCUCUUCCUGGCGAUCAUCAUCCAGAAGCUGCACUUUUACAGGUUACCUGGAGAGCCCCUGGACAUGACUCCAGAGUACGGCCUCACAAUGAAACACAAACGCUGCUUCCUGGGAGUUACAAUGAGAGCUAAUGAUGAGCAGUGAAGCUAUUCUUUAUUAAGAAAUUAAGACUCUGAAGGUGGCUUUAGUUGACUGUGGUACUAUAGAUUAAGAGUUACACUAAGUGUGAGUGAAAAAUUUAUUUUUCUAAGAAUGUCGGACACUGGGUGACCUCUAUCUAUAGAGUUAACAGCAUA